AUGUCUCAGGCUGAGAGGGAGAACUUCUUGGAUUGGCGCUACAAGCACAUCAAUUCUCAGCCAAAACUUCACUACGUUCUUGCGGAACAUGUCUCCAGGAUGCUAAACUUCAGGUUGUUGAAUGUAACUCCAGUGGAAACGUGGGGCUACCCGGUGGACAACACCAGUAGUUAUGGUGGCGUGAUCGGCAUGUUGCAGCGUGGGGAGAUCGAAAUGGCCUCUUUCGGCCUCUUCUUCAAGGCGGCACGUAUGAACUUCCUCGAUUAUGCUGGAGAGACAGUACGCUAUGAUGCUGCAUUUUUAUUCUUGAAGCCGUCUCUCUCCGACGUCUCCAACAUAUACACACUCCCCUUCAGUCGAGCUGUGUGGGUCACAUACCUCGUAACGAUGGUUGUCUUUUCUUACGCACUACACAUCACCCAGAGAACAGAAAGUGGAAUUGACGACUCAAAAGGAACAAGAUCAUUAUCAUUGAGUGAUUCUUUACUAACAGCUAUUGGAAUCGCCUGCCAAGAAGGAUCUUCUCGUGAUCCUCGGAGUCUGUCUUCUAGGAUUAUAUUCCUGUCUCUGCUGAUGUUGUCUCUGUUCCUCACUACAUCCUACUCGGCCAUCAUAGUGUCCUUAUUGCAGACAACCAGCACAGCAAUUAACAGUUUAAAGGACCUCAUGAACAGUCCGUACACACUUUCUAUGAACGAAUUUGCCACCAACAUGAAUUAUGUUAACGAAACAACAGACACUGAAAUCAAGGAUCUGUACUUUAAGCAUCUCUUCACCCAGCCAUACCAUGAAGCUUUCACCAAGCCAGCGGUUGGGGUUGCGAAGAUAAGCAAGGGACUGUACGCAUACCAUGGCGACGCUGAUGCUUUCAAAAUCAUCAGCGAGACUUACGACGAGUAUGAGAAAUGCAGACUGAAGAGCAUUAAGAUGUUUUCAUCCCUCCAGUUAGCUUUCGCUGUGAAGAAGGGUACACCAUAUAAAGAACACAUCAGACAACGGGCUCGUUGGUUAAAGGAGUCCGGGAUAUCGGAUCGAGAAUACAAGUACUGGAUUGUACAGAAACCAAAAUGCCAUGGUAACACAGAAGGAUUUACAAGCGUACGCCUACAGGAUGUAUUCCCAGCGCUCUUGGUUUUCAUAUAUGGGCUGGUUCUAGCUGGAUUCGUCCUCAUUCUAGAGAUAUUGUUUCAUAAUUUUCACUGUUUUAAGUGUAGGCACUAUCGAGCAUUUCCCUCUUUUCCAUACAGUAACUGAACAGGACGUUGUCGUUCAUAGCGUUUUAUUGUGAACAGCGUAUUUUUCAUGGCGCUUUGCUGUGAACAGCGCAUAACCACUUUCCCCUGUCUCAUUGAUCCAUGUACUAACCCAGACGCAAUCACCCACAUGCAUAUAUCAUGGCAACCAUUACGUUUAAACUUCAGAUUCUGUGCUUCUGAAACCUACUUAGUCCUAACGUCU